AUGAAGGACUUCUUGCGGUUAAUAUGGAGCUAUCGGCAACAACUCACUUUAGUCUUGGCACCGCUUGUGUUUUUACCAGUUGUAUUUGUUAUGCCUCCUCAGGAAGGGAAAUGUCUCUAUAUAGUUCUGAUUAUGGCUGUGUACUGGUGCAUGGAAACGUUGCCUCUAGCAGUAACCGCACUGCUCCCUCUCAGCCUCUUACCGCUGUUUGGAAUCCUACCUUCAUCAAAGACCUGCCCUUUGUACUUCCUUGACACGAAUGUUCUCUUCUUUGGUGGCUUGGUCAUGGCCGUGGCGAUUGAAGACUGUAAUCUGCACCGCCGAGUAGCACUCGCAAUCCUCAGGUGUUUGGGGGUUAACCCUUUAAUGCUCACACUGGGAAUGAUGCUGACCACUGCCCUUCUGUCCAUGUGGCUGAGUAACACAGCCACCACAGCCAUGAUGAUGCCGAUAGCCACUGCUAUCCUUAAGAGGCUGUAUGGAGAAUUUGAAGCUGUGCCACAGAGUAAGACCAGCGACACAGAACUACAGAAGCACGAAUUGCCUACUGAAGAGAAUCCUGAUAAUCAAGAAGCAGAAGAAGAAGGGAAGAGUGAAGUACAGGAACUCAGAACUGAGGACUCACCUCAGCCAACUGAACAGAGCCAAUUGGAAAAGCCUAGCAAGAAUUUGGCGAAGAGUAUACUCAUUUCCAUCCCAUAUGCUGCAUCUAUCGGAGGGAUAAGCACUUUAACAGGAACACCACCAAACCUUAUCCUUGACGGUCAACUGAAAAGCAUUUUUCCUCAGUCGGACGAGUUGAAUUUUGGUUCCUGGUUCGUGUUUGCCCUACCCCUCUCUUUGAUAUUCCUCGUACUGGCGUGGCUCUGGAUCACAUUCCUGUAUGGAGGCCUCAGGCUAAGGUCACUGAUAAAGAGGAAAAGUACGGAAUCAGAAAUCAAGGCAAAAGCUGUAAUCCAUUCAGAAUUUGCACAGCUCGGUCCAAUGACCUUCGCUGAGGGAGCUGUGAGUGGUUUCUUCACCGCAUUUGUGAUUCUCCUCUUAACAAGACAUCCCAAAUUCAUCCCAGGAUGGGCGAAACUCUUUAAACCCAAAUAUGUCACAGAUGCUGUGGUUGCAAUGGGCAUCAUUAUUCUGAUGUUCAUCUUUCCCUCACGGAAACCCUCAUUUAAGUGGAAAACAAAUCCCGAAGAGCCAGUUAUUCCAAACGAGCCAUUACUGACUUGGAAGAAGGUCAAGCAUAACGUAGCCUGGAAUGUCAUCAUACUGCUGGGUGGAGGAUUCGCCAUUGCGAAAGCAUGUGAGGAAUCAGGGCUUUCUAGGUGGAUUGGAAGCAAGCUGCGACCUCUGGAAUAUAUUUCAGCCAGUACAACUGUUCUGAUUGUCAGCCUGGUCGUUAGCGCGUUCACUGAAUUUGCCAGCAACACUGCCACAAGUAUAAUCUUUCUGCCUAUUCUGGCUGAACUGGCUACUGAGGCCAAAGAGCAUCCUUUGUACCUGAUGAUUCCAGGGACAGUGAGCUGUUCAUUUGCCUUCAUGCUGCCAGUUGCAACUCCACCAAAUGCCAUUGCCUUCACGACAGGGCACUUAAAAGUCAAGGAUAUGAUGAAAACAGGAUUGCUGAUGAAUAUCAUGGGGAUCAUCUUAGUUAACGUUGCCAUCAACACAUGGGGCAGGCUCAUCUUUAAGUUCUCGACGUUUCCUGAAUGGGCCAUGGAGUCCGAGAACUCCACCGACCGGGCAGUGACAAUCUUCCAGCUGUAUACUGUCAACGCAGUGGACUGAUUCAAUCUGGGGGCUAUCUGGUGGCCAAAGCCCCUUUCUUCUGCUUCAUUUUGAAGACUUUUCCCACCAUCAAUGUGCUGUAGCUUCAUCCAU